AUGCCAAAGAGAAAAAAUGAAACAUCGGCUUCUGCUACUGUUUCAAAAAAUCGUCAUAAAAAGAAAUACAAGGUAUCGUCUAGUUCGAUAGAAUUUGAUGAAGAAGAAAAUUAUGAUGAAGCUGUUUUUAUUCCAAAUCCAGAUAGUUCUGGCGAAUCUGAUGGUGAUGAUUCACGUUACGAAAAUGACGAUUUUGAUGAUUCUGAAAAUGAAGUCGAAGAGUUUUUUCCAAGUUCAUCUUAUAGAAAAGUUCUCCAAGGAUAUGAACCUUCCCAGAAAAAACUUGAAGAUGACCAUCAAUUUGUUUGGGUUGACGGAGAAAAGAAAUAUCAUUCUAAUCUGAAAAAUGAAAUAUUACUGUCAGAAAAAGAUAAAAACUUCAUUUCCCAAUGCUCUGACUCCAAACUAUUCGAAUUGUUCUUUUCUACAGAUAUCAAACAAUAUAUAAUCGAAGCUACUAAAAUAAAUGGAUAUGAUCUGACUCCGGAAAAAUUGAAUGCAUUUUUAGGUAUAAUAAUAUUUACCAUGUUCAACAAACGUUUAUCCCAAAGAGAUUAUUGGUCAAAAGAUCCUUUUCUUGGAUGUGCUUUAGUACCUAAUGUUAUGAGUCGCGAUGAAUUUGAGGAGAUAAAGUCAAAGCUCAAGUUGUCCAAACCAGAAGACGAAGAUUCUAACGAUAGAGUCUGGCGUGUUCGAUCUGUUUUCAACAUUUUUAGAAAAAAUCUUCUUAUUUUUGGAGUUUUUGCAACGGCUCUUUCGAUCGACGAAAUGAUGCUAAAAUUUUUUGGAAAAACUGUGUUGAAGCAAUUCAUCAAAUCAAAGCCCAUUAGAUUUGGUAUCAAACUAUGGGCUUUAUGUAGUGCAAACGGGUAUGUGUUUGACUGUGACAUAUACUGCGGAAAAAACUCUGAAAAUAAUGAUUUUUUACCAAAAUGUGCAUUAGGCAGCCGUGUUGUCAUGCAAAUGUUGCAAAAUGUUUUGGAAAAUAUAUCAAUUAAAAAGCUGAGUAAGUACCACGUUUAUUUCGAUAAUUUAUUUUGCUGCCCUGAUUUAUUAGUACAUCUACACAAAAUUGGAAUACAAGCAACAGGCACGGUUCGAGAAAAUCGUAUCAAUGUAAAAAACAACGUUGACAAAAAAGAUAAUAGAGGUACAUAUGCAGUCAAACAUGAUACAGAAAGUGGUAUCAACUUUAUAACUGUUGUAGAUUCUAAGCCAGUUUCUAUUUUGUCAACUGCCGCAGGUGUUACUCCUCUUUCUAUAGUAAAACGUUUUGACAAGGAACAAAAGCAGAAAUCUGACAUAUCAUUCCCCCAUGCAUUUUCGGUGUAUAACAAAUUUAUGGGCGGAGUUGAUAUUCAUGACCAGCGAUGUAAUAAGGUUGUGCCUAUUGUGCGUUCGAAAAAAUGGACUUGGAUUAUACUCAUGAGAAUGAUUCAAUCAAGCAUCACCAAUUCUGUAGUUUUGAGAGACUUGACCGAUUCAGAAGAUAAAAAACACUCUACAAAAAGCUUUGCACUCUCAUUAGCUAAACAUUACAUGGCGAAGAAGGAUUUCAAAGGACAUAAGUCAGAGAUUAGACAAAAGGAGGAAGCGCAGAGACAGCAUCGCGAAGGCAAGCAAUUACAGCGUCGCGUCGCCGAUGAAGCAAACAGAGCAAACGAACUUCAGGCAAGAAUACAGCAACUUGAAUUUGAAUUCCAGGAGGCUAGAGCAAAUCGCAAUCAUCAUGAGCCUCAAGUUCAACAGAAUCAACAACAUACGAAUUUUGCUGCAGAUCUUCUUGCGGUUAUGGGUGAUUUAAAUGUUAACCAAAUUAAUAUUAAGGUGCCAGAAUUUCACGAUGAGGAUACGCAAAAUCCUUUAGAAUUUUUAAAUGAACUGUAG